AUGUCCCUUUAUAACCAGAUUAAUAAAUCUUCAUCAAACAUUCUCAUCAUAUACGGUGAUGAUGAAUCCCUACUAGAUUUAAUGAAAUGGGUUGAACAAGUGUUAAUAAAGGGCAAAGUCUGUAUAUUGAACUCACAGUGGGAGUUAACCCUCAGAAAGAAAUAUUUCCUGCUAGGAUCCUUCCAUGUACCUCUGAUUUUCUCACAUCAUCAUCCAUAUGUUUCUGGAUUCACAGAUUUUGUCAAGGCAGUUAGCCCUUCCAAAUACCCAGAAGACUUUUUCCUUGCUCGACUGUGGUUUCUCUCUUUUAAUUGUUCCAUUUCUGAAUCUGACUGUGUAACAUGGGAGAACUGUCCUCAUGAUGCCUCCUUGGAUUGGUUGCCUAGGCAUAAUUAUGACUUAACUAUGUCUGGAAACAGUUACAAUAUACACAAUGCUGUGUAUUCUGUGGCCCAGGCUCUCCAUGAUAUGCUUCUUCAUCAAACGGAAAUGCAAACCAUGGGAAACCGAAAAGGGACACUGCCUUCCCCUGCACAGCUGCAUGCUUUCCUGAAGAAUAUCCAAUUUAACAAUGCUGCUGGAGACCAAGUGAUUUGGGAUGAGAGAAGGAAAUUUGAGGCAGAGUAUGACAUUGUGAACAUUUGGAAUUUUCCAGAAGGUCUUCAACUUGAGGUGAAAAUAGGAACGUUUUCUCCAUAUGCUCUACAUGGCCAUCAGCUGUCUUUAUCGGAAGAUAUGGUGCAGUGGGCCAUAGGAACUACAGAGACUCCUCAUUCUGUCUGCAGUGAGAGCUGUGGUCCUGGAUAUAGGAAAUCUCCUCAGGAGGGGGAGGCUGUCUGUUGCUUUGAUUGUACCCCUUGCCCAGAGAAUGAGGUUGCUAAUGGUACAGAUAUGGAGCAGUGUGUGAAGUGUACAGAUCAUCAGUAUUCCAACACAGAGAGAAACCAGUGCCUCCUAAGAGAUGUAAGUUUCCUGGCUUAUGGAGAGCCCUUGGGGAUUGCCUUGGCAAGCGUGGCUCUCGGUUUAUCUACACUCACAGCAGUUGUUCUUGGGGUCUUUGUGAAACAUCACAACACCCCCAUUGUCAAGGCUAAUAACCAGGCUCUCAGCUACAUCCUGCUCAUCUCCCUCAUCUUCUGCUUCCUCUGUUCCUUGCUCUUUAUUGGCCGCCCCAACUCAGUCACCUGCAUUCUACAGCAAACCACAUUUGGUGUUACAUUCACUAUAGCUGUUUCUGCUGUCUUGGCCAAAACUGUAACUGCGGUUAUGGUCUUCAAGUUCACUUCUCCAGGGAGAACGAUGAGGUGGCUGCUGGUAUCAAGGGCCCCUAACAUCAUCAUUCCCAUCUGUACUCUGAUCCAGGUUAUUCUCUGUGCAAUCUGGCUGGGAACCUCUCCUCCUUUCAUUGACACGGAUGCCCACUCUGAACAUGGCCUCAUCAUCAUCCUGUGUAAUAAGGGCUCUCUCACUGCUUUCUACUGUGUCUUGGGAUUCCUGGCCUCCCUGGCCCUGGCCAGCUUCACUGUGGCUUUCCUGGCCAGGAACCUGCCUGACAUCUUCAAUGAAGCAAAGUUCCUCACCUUCAGCAUGCUGGUAUUCUGUAGUGUGUGGCUCACCUUCCUGCCUGUCUACCACAGUGCCAAUGGGAAGCUCAUGGUGGCUAUAGAGGUCUUCUCCAUCUUGACCUCUAGUGCAGGACUCUUAGGCUGCAUCUUUGCCCCCAAGUGCUAUAUCAUCUUGUUAAGGCCAGAUAGAAAUGUUCUACAUGCCCUCCGGAAUAAAAUGCACAUUGGGAAGAAUAAUCCAUCUUAA